AUGGAACAUUUAUCACUUAAGCUAUCUGAUUUACCAGAUGAAAUUCUUGUUCUCAUCUUAAAAAAGUUGGAUAAUAUUGAAGUACUCUAUUCGUUGAGAGGUGUUAAUAAACAACUCAAUACAAUCGCAAAUGAUUCAAUUUUUGCAAGUUAUUUACCGUUGUUUGUUUUCUUGGAUGAUUUCGCCUCUCCAUUGCCUGAUCCAAUCCUUAAUCGAUUUUGUUCACAUAUUUUACUUGAAAUUCAUCAUAAAAUCAAAUGGCUUGACCUUGAAUCAACAUCUAUGGAGCGUAUUCUGCUCGCUACAGAUUAUCCUUAUUUGUGUGGACUUGGUUUAUAUGGUUUUGAUGUAGAAAAAGCAUUAUCUCUUUUUACUAACGACACUAGUUUUGCUUCUGUAAACAAAAGUCAACUAUCGUCAUUGGUGAUCGAUAUAGAUAAAAACAAUAGAAAAAUUUUACCAGGAGAUAUCGGUAUAAUUAUAUUUACACAUAUCUUUACUAUGUUCACGAAUUUAAAAUAUUUAAAUUUUGGUCCUUCUUCCAAGGAUUAUCAACGAUUGUCAUUUCGUAUGUCACCUCCAACUUGUUUUUCUUCAAGUUUAUUAGAAUUACAUGUUCGUGUGGAUCUUUUCUCUGAUUGUCUUUAUUUACUUGAUGGACGUUUCAAUCAACUUCAUACAUUUGAUAUUCAUAUUGUUUGCAUUUUUUCUAACGAUUUAAUAAUCAAUACUGAGAAACUAUGUAAGUUAAGAUGUUUUUCUCUACGUUCUGAUAUGCGUACACAUUAUUAUGGUAACUUAAUUCUUCCACUUCUACAUCGAAUGUUGAACUUAGAGAAACUUUAUCUACAACUUGAAAUUGAUAGUUAUAAAGAAUUUAUCGAUGGAAAUGAUUUAAAAGAAAAUAUUAUCAAUUAUAUGUCACAAUUAAAUAAAUUUACAUUUAAUAUCCGUGUCGUUAAACAUUCUCCUAAUAUAAUGAAUUUACCUUCGAAUGAAUAUAUUCAACAUACAUUCAAAGAUUUUAAAGAUAAUCAAAUUAUUUCUUGUAUUGAUUAUUUUCAAAAAAGAGGAUACAGUUACUGUCAUAUUUAUUCGUAUCCAUAUAGAAUGCAUUAUUAUUUUAAUAUUACAAAUAAUUUUCCAGGUGGAUUAUUUGAAUAUGUUCGAAGAGUAUCGUUAUAUGAUGAACAUCCAUUUGAAUAUGAAUUUUUUCUUCAAAUUGCUCAAUCAUUUCCAUUUAUGAAAGAUUUAAGUGUAAUUAAUGAUAAACCACAGAGGAAUAAAUUAUCUAGAAAAUCAAAGAAAAUCAACAAUCAAAAUUUAUCAAUUAUCAAAUAUCCUUAUCUUAUUAACCUCAAUCUAUUUAAAGCUCAUGAUGAUUAUAUCGAACAAUUUCUGGUAGAUACGGAUAUGUAUUUGUCGAAUAAUACUGAUCUUGCUGUACAUUAUGAAGCACUGAAAAGAGUUACAGAAAAUUUUACAAGACAUGCAACACGAAUCAAUUGUGCAAAACUGUAUCAUGUACAUCUAUAUGGUGCAUAUGAAAUUACUAAACAUCUAGCAGACUAUUUACCUCAUGCAAUAAUAUCUUGUUUAUUGUAA